UGCCAGGGUCUGAAGAAUGAGGAAAGCGUACAGUACACAUAAUACGUACCAUGGUCAUAGGCAGCAGAAAAGAUCAAAGAUAUAUCCUGCCAGAGAAAUCCAGUUCAGCUUUCGUUUUCUUUAUAAGCUCUCAACUUGUCCUUCCUGGAAGCUCACGAGAAUUCCUUGUCUUCCGCACCAAAAAGUAUUCCCACCAACGUCACUUCGCUUUCCCCCGCCGAUCGCUCUAAAUUAAAAAAACUAAGUUGCACUCAAACAGAGUGACUCUCGUCAAAAGACCAUUUCCCAACUCUUCGUUCUCCCCAUCGCAAAUACCACCACAACUGCUCAAAAUGGCUAUGCCUUGGAUCUACGCCGUACGUCUCGUACAAAUCGUCUUCGGCCUGAUCGUGGUCGCUUUGACCGCCUAUGUAAUCAGCACCUUCUCCUACUGGUGGAGUUUCUCCGACACGGUAAACUUCCUACUCUUCCUCGGCUGCUGGACCACCUUCGUCGCGACUCCCUACCUCCUCGCCGCACCAAUCUACUUCCCGCGCCUGGCGCAUCGCUUCGUGAUUCCCGCCGUGGAGGUCAUUACCAUGAUCUUCUGGUUUGCGGGCUUUAUUGCGAUAGGUGCGCAGUUGCCGGCGCCGGCUUAUUGUACUUGGAGUGGAUGUCGGGCUUUGCAGGCCGUUACUGUUUUCGGGGCUUUUGAGUGGGUCCUUUUCGUGGUGACUACUUACUUCGCCAUUAUUGAUCUCAAGGAUCACCGACACAGUGGGGAGAGUGCGCAGAAGACUCAGCAUAACGCCCAUCUCGGUGUUUAGGCCGACAGGUGGGCAUUGAGAGUGCGCCAUUGAGCUGUCGCGAUGAAGAUAUCCAGAUUUACUUCGUUCGGUCUGGGGUGACCAUCUAUGGUCUGGUCGAAGAAUGACUUGUUAUGCAGCGAAGUAUUUGUUUUGUUUUCUUCAUUCUUUUCUCCACGAUACCCCUCGCGGCUGUUACUUUCUUUUCUAUUGGUCCUCGAUUAUGUCAACUUAAAGUCUUACGCUGGUAUCGAUAUGCAUGAUGAUUACAAUUAAUACCUGUUGAAUAACUUUGCAAUAAUACUUGAUAAUCGACUAUCGGUUGCUUAUGCUCA